GUCGUAUCUCGCGGGUUGACGACGGAAUGGCUGAAUCUACGGCGCAGGCAACAGGGGGAGGGGGAACAUCUAGCACCGUGACCACAGAGAGUGAGACCCAACCGGAGCACCGGUCUCUGACUCUGAAGCUGAGGAAAAGAAAGCCGGAUAAGAAGGUGGAGUGGACGUGUGACACUGUGGACAAUGAGCAUCUGGGACGACGCUCAUCCAAGUGCUGUUGUAUCUACGAGAAGCAGAGGCCGUUUGGCGAGAGCUCAACAGAGAGCGAAGAUGAAGACGAUGAAGGCUGCGAUAGCGCGCACUGCAUCCGGGGCCACAAAAAGAUGGGAGGAUCUGCUCCUAAACAGACAGCUCCGCCAAGCCGCGAUAGCUCGAGCAGCAUGAAGCACUGAGACAGCCCCGAGGGGGACCCAGUGCAUCGUUUAUUAAAUGCAUACUGAAUAGUUACGAGGGGGGGCCCCGUCUCUUCAUUAUCUUGAGUGACAGCAGCAAAGUGUGGUCCUGUUAUCGUCUCCUUUCACCGGGGCAUCCAGGGCAGUCAGAAGACUUGAGGAUGUAAGGCAUGGUGCAAAUCAGCUGACGGCUGGUUUUAACAUGUUAACCCUGCAAAUGCCAGAGCUGUGUACAAUGUAUUUGGUCACCUCUGUGGCUCUCAAAAAAUGUGUUCUGAAGGCGUAUUUAUGCCUCCAUUUCUACAGCACAACAGCUGCAUGGGAUGAGCCUGGUUGUAUAUGCUGAGUCUGGCUGUGCCGUCUUAAACACUAUAUAAAUAACUGGUGUCCAGUUCCUCUCUCGGCUGUCUUCAACUCUCAAGUGCUGAGGUGCAUUGACCCAUUGAAUGUAUAUGCAUGCCCUAUCUAUCAUUACUUUCUGUCUCCAUCCUCAGUGGAAAGUAUUGUAGUCUACAGAAUGUACCCUUUUCCGUGAAAUCGCCCUCUAAUCCAUUCUGCCCCAGGCUGUACUCGUAAUUUUAAUUAUUUUGGUCCUAUAUUUAUUAAAAUAUAGCCCCGCUGAAGCACUAUGCUAUAAUUAAGCAUAUUAUAUAUCACAGAUCUAUAUAAUACUGGUGCUUAAUCCUCCAUAUAACCAUGACACCAGUUCUUAAGAUGUUGCUUUUAGCCCACUGAGUAAUCGGUUACUCUGCACACUCCUUAGAUUUUACUUUGUCCAAAAAAUAAAAAAAAAUAACUAUUCUUCGAUAAAAACCUUAUGAUGCUCCCUGAGGAACAUCACAUGUAGCAGAUUCCGUUAUCAAAAAAAUACGUUGAGCAUCAGAUGCCCCCUCCAGAGGGUCCAAAGAGCAUAGGACCAUCCAAAUAUAUUAUUUUUUUGCUGUUUAUAGAAUCUGUAUAUUGUGUUUUUUUUCCUGUUGGGAAUUAAAAAGAUUUUGUUUGGUA